AUGACACAUGACCCCAUUCCUAAUGUAAAUAAACAUGAGGACAACAAAUAUGUCAAUAAAUACGAGCUGCGACUCAUAUUAAUUGGGAAAACUGGAGUUGGAAAAAGUUCUACUGGAAAUUCGAUACUUGAGGAGGCAGCAUUUCCCUCCAAAACUGGACCUCAAUCUACAACUAAAUUCACUUCAUUCAGAAGUAAACUCCGCUUUGACAGAUACUUAGUUGUAGUUGAUACACCGGGUUUACAAGAAUUCAAAGCAAGCAAUGCAAAACAAAGAGAACGCGAAAUAACUUCUGAAGUUACUAAAUCUUUAAUGAUCACAUCUCCUGGCCCACACGCAUUCAUACUAGUUAUAGAGCCCGGAAGAUUCACCCUUGAAGACCAAGAAACUAUAUCAUGCUACAGAAAAGUAUUUGGUGAAGAAUUUGAAAAGUAUGCUGUUGUAAUUUUUACCAACAAAGACAAACUUGAGAAAGAAGACGUUUCGAUUGGAGAUUGGAUAAGGGAACUCGAACCUGGAAACAAUUUAAAAGAAUUGAUCGAAAAAGCCAAUAAUCGUUAUUUAAUCAUGGAUUACAACAAAAAACGUCUAUGGGAACAGCGUGAUGACGUUAAAAAGCUCAUCAAUAUUAUCAAAA